AUGUCUGAUGAAGAAUCCGAAUACUCUGAGGAGGAGGUCGAGGAGGUAGAAGAGGAGGUCGUCAAGAAGCCGGCCCCACCCAAACAGGCGGCCCCUCCCCCAGCGGAGGCGAGCGAGGCGCAGCAGGCCAUGGACGAGAAGCUGAUGAAGAAGAAGGCCGAGGAGGAGGAGCAGUGGACUGAGUACGUGGAGCAGCGCAAGAAGCAGCGGUCGAAGGAGGAGGAAGACCUGCGUAAGCUCAAGGAGCGCCAGGCGGCCCGCAAGCAGAAACGUGCCGAGCAGGAGCGCAAGAUUGAGGAGUUCAAGCAGCGCCAGGAGGCGGUGCGCAUCAAGGAGCUGGAGGUGCGACGAGCGCGCGAGGCAGAGGCCAAGCGCAAGCGCCUCGAGGACGCCGAGCGCAAACGAGCGGCCAUGCAGGCGGCCAUGGACAAGACGAAGAACACCAAGGUCGAGCGCAACUUUGUUAUCACCAAGCGCAGUGACGGCGGCCCGGGCGCCUCGCUGGGCAACACUGGCUUUGACAGGUUUGCCAAUGUUCUCUCUGCUCGCUCUGAGAUGGGCAAGACGAAGGAGCAGCUGGCUGAGGACAAGCGCAUCGCCAUGUCCUUCCGCGUGAAGCCGCUCGACAUUGACGGUCUCUCCGUGGACGACCUGAAGAAAAAAGCCAACAACCUGUGGGAGAUGAUUGUCCAGUUGGAGUCGGACAAGUACGAUCUGGAGGAGCGACAGAAGCGCCAAGACUACGAUCUGAAAGAGCUGGCCGAGCGACAGCGCCAGAUCAACCGCAACAAGGCGCUGAAGAAGGGUCUCGACCCUGACGCCCUCUCCGACAAGUUCCCGCCCAAGAUUCUGACUGCCAGCAAGUUCGAGCGACAGGUCGACCGACGCACCUUUGGCGAGAAGAAGGGCCUUUUCGAGGGCGGCUACGACGCCAUGGUUGAGGCGACCCUUGAGAAGAUGUGGCAGGAACGCAUCAAGGAGUUCAAGGAGAAGGAGCACAAGGAGACGCCCAAGUGGGACCCGGAGCACCCGAAGAACAAGGAGACCUACGAGCCGGGCGCACGCACCUACGACGACAACGAGGAGGACGACCUAGACCUGCUGGACGCAUUCAUCAAGCCGCCCGGCUUCGAUGAGACGCUGGCCGGAGAGAUCCCCAGCCAACUGCCCAUUGCCUCCGCCAAACCGGCCGCCGCACCUGCCCAAGAGGAAGAGGAGGAGGAGGAAGAAGAAGAGGAGGAAGAAGAGGAGGAAGAAGAGGAGGAGGAAGAGGAGGAGGAGGAAGAAGAGGAAGAGGAGUAG